AAUGUUUCUUAUCAACUCGCCAAGAUUCCAAGAUGGCGGAUGAACUUCUUCGCGAACUGGCUUGUUUUGCAAAGAGGCUUGAUCAAUCUGAAACCUCUUGGAUAGAAAUUAGAGCAGUUUUGGAAAAGCUCAAAUCUUGGGCCUUGGUAAAAAGCAACAGGUAAGGUUUUUGGGAGGAGUAUACAUUUGAAGAUGCGUUUUCAACAGCUGUUUAGAAGCGAAUUGAAUCACAUGUGUUCGUUCAUAAAUAGCUGUGUUUCAUUCUUUGUUGUAGAUGCUGUUUAUCGGAUAUUCACGUAAUACAGACUAAAGAUAUCAUCAUAGCUUGCAAGAACAUGUUGUAUUCUCACAUGAAUGUAGGAGAACAUGAACAACUUAGUCUUCACCUGAAAACUUUGACAGAGGCGUUCAGAUUUCUGAGAAACUGUUGCGCUGAAACACCUAAGAAUCAGAACAUUAUAUUGUAAGUACUGAAAUACUCGCAGUAUUAAAGUGUAAGAGAAACCAUAAUAGUAGCAUAUCCAGCAACAACAGAGCAUUUAAUUUCUUGAAUUCAUUGUUCAUGGCUAAAAGAUGCAUCAAGAAAUGUCCAGUUUUUGCCCCUUUUGUGUUAUUUACUGUAGAACACACGGCAUUAUUUUUUCUGUCAUAUUAAACUCGUCAUUUUGUUAAAAAAGUAGUUCGCUUACAAUGUACUUGUUUUCCUCUGUAGAGUGAAGGUGUGCUGAAAGUGAUGAUAGCCAUUAUUUUGGGCGUAUCAUCCGUCUCACAUUAAAUCAGUAUUCAGCCCUGCUCGAUUCACAAUUCCCUUUGUUUUCUAGCUCUUAACUUAUUCAUAGGAGGCAGUAGAAAUUCUUGUUUAAAACCUAAACAAGGGUAAACACCAAAUGAUUCAUUACAGAAGACUGAAAAUACAUUGCACAAUAUCUGCACCACAAAACAAAAGCAAAUCAGCAAUAGCUUCUGUAACACCAAGAAACAAUUCAAAAUGUUCAUGCAUGAUCGAGUCACUUAGUGAAUGUGUGACGAAUUUGUGUGCAUUAUGGACAAAAUUCUGAUAAUUCUAUGCUUUACACAGGUAGUAAGUCUUUAGAGUAAGUCCUUUUAAUAUUUUGUAUUAAUUUCUAAUCUUGAUCAAAAUUUCUGUUUGUUAAAAUGUUUUUGUGUUGUGUUGACUAGCGAUGCUAAUGUCAAUUGUGAUAUUUGGUUUGCAUAGCUUUGAAGUUUUGUCACACAGUAAAGUUUAGCAAGGAUACAACUGUACUUACAAUUUUAUAUCCUUUUUGUGCCAUGAGAAUCGCACAGCAAGUGACCCUUUCUUGUACUAAUCUCUCAUGAGAUGUAAAUUACAUUGUACACUACCUGAUUUAAGUCAUGUGCUAUUCCAUUUGAUUUCUUGUCUUGUGAGAGCUAGGUGGUAACUUACUUUUGAGCAUAAAGUUCUGCAAUGCAAAAACUCACCAUGUUUCAGAAAAAUGUUUUACAGGUAUGUUGUAUUUGAAGUGCUAUUAUAUUCCUGUCCUGUUCCCAGUUAACUUGGGUAAAUGAAGUGUUAUAAAAUACAAUUUUUAUACUACUACAUUAGAAAUUUCUGCAAUUUGAUUGGCCUAGAGCAGUGGUAUUUCAGCUUAAUUUGAAAUACCUACAUGUGAAAAUUACAAACUGUUUGCGGGUAGGAGUGUAAACAAAUAAUAGCAUGAUUUGUACGUGAUAUGUGGCAUAAAUACCACUCAUGAUAUUUCCAAAUUUUUUCACAUUUCACUCACCCAACAGCUUGUGAAAUUACGUAUAGCAAUUUCAAAAUAUCACUUGUGUUAUUUAUGCCAAAUAUCACCACAAAUCAUGCUAUUAUCCAUACUAAUAAACUACAAUAAUAUUUUUGUUGUCUUGUCUAAUUUCAGAUCUUCCAGUGUGGCAGAUCAGGCAAUGGACAUAAUCAUAACUUUGUCGAAACCGAAGUACCAGGAAAUUGAAAGAGGUAGUUGAAGGCUUGUUUUAAGGUCAAUCCCUUUCUCCUGUUUGGUAAGAGGAUUGUGCUGACAUGUUAUACCAACUUGUUUUCUUUCUUUGCGUGUAGGAGUGGAUGCUGUUAAUGAUGUUUUAAGAAGUAGCCUUCAGCUUCUUGGUAAUGCAGUGGUCAAAAAUGAGACUACUCAGGGACUUGUGUGGAAGAAAUGCUUCCCACAAUUUUUCUUGUGAGUUUUGUUAUCCUGUGGGAAACAUUAAAGUGAACUUUUCUCAAUUAAAUAAUGACAAGUAGUUAGUUAUUCUUUCUUACUCUCUUUAUCUAGUCUCCCAUGCAGGUGUUCAUUGUGUGGUUACCCCUCACUGUGUGAUGACACAGACAACAGCUGUAUGGAAGACUACUCUUCAUCCUGCCCUGAAAAAAAAAUGAUGCUAUUCAACUGUUUUGGUUGAACCUUUGAAUUCCCAAUUUAUCAAUCAAAAAGUAAAAUCAUGCUAUUCUGCUGUUUUGUUUGAAACUCUACACUUUUUAUAAUCUAGUGAGUAGAAAUUUCUUGUUUGAUAACUGUGUUUCUGAUCCACUGGCAUUCAGUUAAAUCUAUGCGUGACCUUUUUGUGCUUGUUAUUAAUUUUAUACAAACUUAAUGGUUUUUUCUGCUUAUUUAUUAUUUCCCUACAGAGAUGUGUUUUCAUCAACAAAUCACAGCAUUCGAGACUGUUUAUGCAUGAUAAUAUACAACUGUUUAAAUGAACAGAACAGGUACUUGUGCAUGCCUACUUCAAUCAAGCUUUUCUGUAUUUUUUCAUGUAUUUCUCAGCUUACACUGGACAAGGCUAUCUGGACUUGCUCCCCAGGAUUACUGAAGUUUUUCCACUAUUUUUAUUUGUGUUUUUUCCAGGAUGCAGCUUGUAAGAGACCACUGUGGACUGAAGAUCAUUUCUCACAUUGUUCAUUUGUGUGCUGAGAAGACUCAACUUGAGUGGGGGUGGGUAUAAAUAAUCAGAUCCAAGGAGCGGGGGGUGGGGGGUGGGGGGGGGGGCACUCAAGAAAAGUUUGGGUAGUGUACUGUGUCACCAAGGCCUUCAAACCCUGACCCUGUUUCAGACAAAAAUCAUUCAUUUUACUACCUUGUUUAAGACAAGAAACCCGAUUUCAGGACCCUGCUUAUCUUGUUUUGUACAUGAGCCUCAUGCUUGGAAAAUUGUGCAAACACUUCCUAUGUCUUUGACAUUAAGUAAAUUAUUCUAUUCUAUUGUACAUGUAUUCUGCUUCCUUUUGUUUCGCACACAGAAUCAGGUAAUUUUUAAAACUAACAUCAUGAAAUUAUACACAUUUUUUUGAAAAAGAAAAAAAUUGUUAGACCAGUUAUGAUGCAUCCGCCUUUACAUUCCAAAAAGACACCCUGUUCAAGACGCUAAAUAGUGAAAUAGUGAGAAGACCUUGAAAACCACACCCUGUUGAGUGGCACAUACCCAUCUGGCCAAAUAAGGGAGUGUCCCUCCCUGUGAAUCAGAUCACGUACGUGGCUUUAGUGUCUUGUUUAACUAUAUGAAGCUUCUGUGGUUAAUCAAGCUUUUUUUAAUUUUUUUGUUUUCAGAUAUUUUAUUUUAGAUUAUUUGAUCUGUAAUGGUUUAUUCCCUGAGAUGUAUCAAGGAAUUGAAUUUGAUCCACUCGCAAGGUAAAGAAGGUAUAAAGUGAAAUAUAUUUUAAGUAAGAGGCCUUGUCUCUGCUAAAUAGACAGCUUGCAUUUAUUUUGUGUUGUAAAAUAUUUUAAAAUGUAAUAGUGUCAUGCAGAAUUUCUCCAAAAAGGUUUCUGUUAAAUGGCAUCACUCUAGGAUCUAUCCACCUCAUUAUGUCUUGUAUUAUGGCUUUUAUCAUGACGUAGCUCCUUUGUUUUAUACACUAAAGUAUGGGAUUUUACCUUUAACUCUUACAAGAGUACUGGUGAGGGUCUCAGUCAAUCAACUUAACCUUGUCUCAAAACAGAUUAUUAAUACCAAUUAAGUCUUACUGGUAUACUCAGAAAUGACUUAGGUUUGAGUUCUUGAAAGCCAUAAUCUGUUCAUACAGUAAUGCAUCUUCCCAUUUUGCCUUUAAAAUUAUGUAUUCUUUCCUGCAUUCACGAGGAAUCUUAUACACUACUCCAUAUUGUUUUCAUGGAUCAACAGCAUUGUCACACUAAGUGUGAUGUAAGUGACGUGUUGUGUCAGUUUAAAACGGGUCGUACGCCUUGCUGUUGAGGCAAAUAUAAAGAGGUUGAGAUGUUGGCUCUUUUAUAAUGUAUGGUUUUUGGAACGUGUUUUUCAAUAGAGUAAAAGUCUCAGCCUAAGACUUCACUGAUGUUUCAAGCUUUAGGCCCCCUGUUAAGUGUGUUGUUUCUUUUUUGAUCUGAGCCACAUGCCCUAGUCAUAGAGAAGUUGGACCUUUCUUGUAAUUUAUGCCAGAAUUGCUGCAACAGUGACAGAUCCAGGUGAGGUGUCUAGGGGGCCUGCCCCCACUUAUUUUUAGACCAAAAUGAGGCCCUAAGGGCCAAAAAAAAUAUUUUUGAGACCGGCCCCCCCUCCUUAUCUCAGAGUCUGGAUGGCCAGGCCCCCCCUUAUCUGAAGAAGGUCUGGAUCUGCCAAUGUUCAGUACUGAUUCUCUUUAAAUGAGACUCUUGUCUCUAGAGACGAGAUGCUCAUCUCUGGGAUGAGACACUUGAAUUUCGAGAAAUGAGAUGAGAUUGGUCCAUGUAACAUUCUUUUGAGCAGUACUGUAGAACUGCAUUUACAGUUUCAAGUACAGUGAAGGGAUGGGAUUCACGUCUAGGAACAGAAAACUGACAAAUAUCUGUCAAAAUAGUAUUAUCUUAUGCAAAUGUUGCAUUUUUCACGGUAUAACAAAAUAAGAUUGUUGUUGGUUUAUUCUUAGAGUCUACAUUAUAGUUGCACAUGUAGUGAGCACCGUUGUGUUUAAGUAUUGUAAUUUUGUCUUGUUACUGGUUAAUAGGGUUAUUCUGUUGGACUUAUUCCAGGUGAAAACAACAGGUAAGUUUAAUAUUUAUUUACCUAUCAAUAAAGGUAAAUUUAAAAUUAUUUUGUUAAUUACAGGGUUGUUGUCAAGGUCUGAGGGCCGGAGAUUUCCCAAGGUUAUUACUAUAUGAACAUGACCCCCCUGCUACUUUCAUCGGAAUUAACAAAGAAGAUAGAAUGAAAAGGACUUCCUAGCUGUCAUUUACUGCACCUACACCUUACUAAUUACUUAUAUGUGGCACAUUGAAAUCUUACUGACAGCCCUAGAGUGUAGCUAAAAGGAUUAAUGCUAGACCAUGUAGUGUAAAAAGGUGUUAUUUUACUGGCUUGAUCAAGCCAAAGGCCUAACUCCAUUUAAGACUUGUUUUAACAGAUAGGUUAUUUUGAAUGUUUUGGCCUUGAUGUAGAGGUAAUUAAUGGUAGUCUUUUGCAGGUUAAAUAAGCCAAAGAUCCAACUCCUUUUGUAACUUUUGUAACUUUGAUAUUCAAUGUCGCAGCCUUUCUGGCCAUUUACAGAAGAUUCACUGUUGCUGGUAUGCAAAUGAUGAUUGAAUUUUUUCGUUGAAUGUUUUAGAUGCCUUGGAUGAACCAAGUGACAGAUCACAAAGGCAGUCAGUAGCAGAUCAGUUUUAUGCAUCAUCAUUAAAUUAUGUAGCUGAUCAGUUUGAAAAUCAUGCUGUAAAUAUCACUGACAGACUUCAAGAAAUGGAUACCUCAUCUGAUGACUUUGUAAGUGUCUUGCAUAAUUUUUCUGCCUAACCGACUGACCCGUAAACCACCUGUAACUGCCCAUGUGGAUCCACAUCCCUUCUGUUUUAACAGUCAAGGACUACAUCUUCAUCAUCUAACUUGUGCAGAAGGAAGAGAUCUUUCAAACCAGAUCAGAAACAGCAUUAUUCAGAGAAGAAAGCAGGGGAAAUGACAAAAAGCCUUACAAUGUCGACCUGAAAAUUCAACUGCCCACCUUCCUUUCCAGCCAUCCAAUCCUAAGAUCCUUAAGGUAUUCCCAGAAUGUUUCCUAACAUUACCCACUGAAAUGAAGCCUACUAGAUGCCCAGUAACAGAAAAAAACAAACAAACAAAUCAGAAGAGAACACCAAUGACAACAAUGACAACAACAAGGGCAGAAAAGCUGAUAUUUUGCAUCUGGAAUGGAUCACAAAGUGCUUGAUUUAUAAACAGAAUGUUGGGAAGUUUUGGAUCAUUAUAGCAAGACAGUGAAAAAACAGCUUGAUUGGCUUCAGAAGGUGAUUUUUGGCAAAAUUCCCAGGAGCAAAUGGGUUAACUUCUACGUUUUACUCUUGCUUUGACUCCUCACACUUGUGCUGUCUGUGCUGGUCACUGUACAUGUGGUUAAAAAGAACAAAAAACAGCCCAAAACAUUGAUUGCAAGUUGAGUUCUACACUGGCUUAUGUUUCUGAUUCUACAUUACACGUUUAGGCGUGCAUAUGUUGUGGUUCAAUUUUAUCCUUGGUUUAAAUUUUAUUUUCCUUUGUUUUGGGGUAUGGUAAUGAAUGAUAAUGAGAUUGAAGCAAAGGAAAAUAAAAUUUAAACCAAGGAUAAAAUUGAACCACAACACAUACAUGUAGAAGGCAAAAUUUUUAGAAGUGGCAUUACAGCCAUCUAUUUCCCUCCACCAACUUCUCACUCUUUUAUUCCCAAUGCUUUUCUUUUUUGGGCAUUUUUUAGGCUUCAUUUUUAUCAAUAAAAUGUUUCCACAAUGACCUCAACGGUAGAAAGUUGCAUUUCAUUUUGAACAUGAAAUUACUAGUUUCCUCCUUUGCAGCUGCUCAGGCUGAAGUCAAGCAAUGCUUCCCACCCCUACACCUGGGCAGGAAUGUGUGACUCCGGCCGAGUGCCUGGCAAGGACACUAUAAAGUUACGGGCCUAAAAUUGCAUUUUUUAUCAGUUUCAGGUGCUGAUUGUGACAAGGCUUUUGAGUCUACUCUCCAUUAGUACUGGACUACCAUCAAAUAUCACUGGUUUGCAGGACAGAACAGCAUUACUGGAGACUUGUCUAGGUUAGUCAAGAAUGUGGAAGGGAAUGGAAAUUUCUUUCAUGAUUCAUUUAUAAAAUUAGUUAUGUCUGAGAAAACCUACAUAUAGUUAUUCCUUCAACUGGUGAAACAACAUCCUAUUGAUUUCUAACAAAAAUUAAUGUCCCCAUUAAUGCAUUUCAAAAACCUCUGUGUCCUCACUACAUUGCCCAUAGCUUCUGGCUGUUUGCACUUAGUCAUUUAGAAUGUAUAGCUUUUGCAUUAUUAUUGAAUUGUUUGUAAGCUAAUAUCACUUUGUUGCUCGGUCGUUCAUGAGUAGCAAUGUGUCCAGAGUUUAAAACCCCCAAAGGUGAUGGCAUAUGUUGGGGGAAUUUGCUGUUGCUUCUUUCUCUUACCCUGUGUUGUUCAUUCUUUAAUAUUUAGUUAAUGUCUGCCAGCACAAUAUCCUCACAGUACUGGUACUUUGCGCCUGCCAUGCAGGCUAGGUAAAAUAGUGAUUUCAACUUUAAUUAUGAUCUCUGUCGUAUAAAGAAGUACCGAAGGUCCAGCCAAAAAUAACACAGGUCUCUAGACAAGCUUACUUCACAUCAGUCUCUAAGUGAAUUAUGAAGGUAAAUUUUCUGUCACAUUAUUUGUCUUUAUUUACUCUUUCAAGUUGUCAUUGCUAAGAGCGUAACUUUCUGGCAGCAAAUAUACAAAAUUUGACAUGUUUCAAAUUCACUUUAAUAGUUUUUGCUAACAAUAAGUGCAAUUCAAUUCUGCAGGUUUACUAAAGGAGACAGCUCAACCUGGCGUCAAAGAAACCUUUAGCAAUGUCAGCUCUGUUCCACAAGGUGUAGACUCGGGGAGACUGAGCCCUAGUCAUGGCUUUCAGAGAGACCUGGUGCGAGUUAUUGGAAACAUGUGCUACCAACACACAGCCAAUCAAAACAAGGCAAGAAUGCAUGCCUGCGUAGCAAGCGCUGGUUUUUUUGGGCAAUGGGAGAAAUUUCAAGGAUUUGCACACAUGAGGGGUGAAAAAGGAGAGGAGGCCUAUUCCACCCUUCAUGUUUUCUCCUUGCACGCUCCAUGA